CCUCCGCCUCGCUCCAUGCCCGCGCCGGCCACGCCCCCAGCCUCGCCCUCGCCCCCAAACCCACUUCAAACUCCCGCCCCCUCUUCACGACGGCCAAUGCCCGGCCGGAGAGCGCGAAGGAGGCCGGGGAUUGGGCGUCGCCGCGGUUGCCGAGGUGACGGGUGGGUCCGGCAGGGACCCCGACCGCGGCUAGCAAGAGGGGUGCGGGGCGGUUUCCGUCCCGGUCCGCGCCCGGCCGCCGCGCCCUGGCCCACACCCCCCGGCGGCUGGAAGGGGGAGGCCCCGCGCACCCCCUCCCCCGCCCCCGGCCCCGCGCGCCCCCGCCGGCCUCGGGUUCGGGGCGCCCCGCCCUCCGCCUCCGUCUCCGCCCCCAGGACCAGCGGCCGCCAGCUCCCGAGCGCUGCUUCCCCGGCCAGCAGCGCGAUGGGCUGCGGGAACUCCACCGCCACCAGUGCGGGCGCCGGCCGAGGCCCUGCAGGAGCAGCUAAAGAUGUAACAGAAGAAUCGAUAACGGAAGACGACAAGAGGAGAAACUACGGAGGGGUGUAUGUAGGGCUGCCAUCUGAAGCUGUCGAUAUGGUAUCCAACCAAACAAAGACUGUACGAAAGAAUUAGAAGAAAAUAUGACUCCAUAACCAAGAGCUUGCUCAUUAAGACUUGGAAGGAAUUGCACUCCAUGGGCCAUCCUGACGUGCACAGAAGGUUCCAAGGAAAUUCUAACUGGUCGCCCUUUCUGCCUCCCCUCCCUUCUGGAGUCUGUAGUUGAGCCCACGGGUACAUGUUGAAUGUUGUGGUCCUAGAAAGGAAUCGGAUAAACAAUGCACGGGUAUCUGGAGCUUUCUGGGGUCCUCCUGAGAAAGACAGGCUGACAAACCUGGUGUCUGGAGCCGGCCUGCUGUGUCUGGUGGCAUUUUUUCCCCCUGGCUAUUCAACACAGCUCAUGAGAAUCAUGUCUUUUCACUGAUACUUUUUUGAUAGUUUUUAUAUAAUGAGAUCUGUAUUCUAUUUAUAACUUCAGCUAAGAAGGCACUAUAAAUGAACUCCCUAAAGUAAUAUAUUUGUGGGUUACCUUUCACUAUUUUUAUGUUACAUUGAUUUUUAGCUGUAAAAUGGUUAAAUUGAUUCUUACUUUUCUCUUUUUCCCUUUUUUACUUUGGGUUUUCUCCUUUCUGUGUCAGAGACUGUCUUCUGUUAGGAACAAUGUAUGACCUUGCAAUGUUGAAAAAAGCCACCGAAAUUUGCAUGCCCUACGCACAUUUUGAUUAACUUUCCAUUUUCUGUAGUUGAAGGCUGAUGUCACCACGAAUCCUUCACAGUCAUUGAUCCUCCCACCCUCCUUUGUGGGAUCCUGGCCUCCCUUCGUGUUAAUCUAUACUCUUUUCAAUGACUUGUGACUGAUGGGUUAGUGGGGUGUUUGGAAAGCUCUUAAUCUGAGACUGGCCACGGGUAGCCAUUUGGUACUGCAAUGUAGAUUACUCAGUUUACCAAUAUAUUUCAACAAUUAAAACAUUUUUAGUCCUCUUUA